AUGGACCCAAAAUGGAUAUCUGAGGCCCAACUUAUGGCCAUUUCAAUGAGCAUGGGUCAAAGCCCCUUGCUUUCGAUCCCAAGCUUCAUAGAACUCGUGGAGAGAUUUAAGGCACGAUUAGUGGCAAAGAGAUUCACUCAAACAUAUGGUAUUGACUGCCCAAAGACCUUUGCAUCGGUGGCAAAGAUGAAUUCAAUACGAGUGAUUCUCUCAUGUGCUGCUAACCUGGAUUGGAAAUUGGAACAAUUGGAUGUAAAAAAUGUUUUUCUCCAUGGAGACCUUGAAGAAGAAGUUUAUAUAGAGAUUCCUUCAGGAUUCACUUGCAAAGCUACAGAGGGCAAGAGUAAGUAUAUCCUAGAUCUCUUGGAAGAAACAGGGAUGCUAGGAUGUAAACCUGCUGACACACCUAUUGAGACCAAUCAUCAGUUGAAAAACGAUGUUGGAGAAAAAGUUGACAAAGAAAGAUAUCAAAGACUUGUUGGGAGGAGUAAAAAGCAAGCUAUAGUUGCAAGGUCAAGUGUAGAAGUGGAGUAUCGUGUUAUGGCUCAAGGUGUGUGUGAGGUCUUAUGGCUAAAAGGAAUUAUGUGUGAUCUUGGGAUUAUCGAGGAUGGUCCAAGUCAGUUGUACUGUGAUAACAAAGCCUCUAUCAAUAUUACUCAUAAUCCGGUGCAACAUGAUUGGACUAAACACAUUGAGAUUGACCAGCAUUUUAUCAAGGAGAAGUUAGUAGAUGGUGAGAUUUGCAUUUCGUUUGUCAUAUCUGGAGAUAAACUUGUUGACAUUCUUACAAAGGGGCUUAGUAGUAAGAUGUUUGGGAGCAUUAUUAGCAAGAUGGGUAUGAAGGACAUAUAUACUCCAUCUUGA